CCCCCCCACACACACACAACCACCUAUGGGUUAGUCAUGAUAUAUAAUAAUACACCCUUGAGACUGCAGCAGCAUCUUUUCACACACGGCCAACAGAACCAGAGGCGUGGACAGCUUCACAUCGUUCUCCUCAGAAGAUGGCUGGCCUGUACUGGAUGAUGCUGACCUUCUUCCUGGCUGCUCCAAACAGCUCGGCUGCUCUAGACCUCGCUUGGCUUGCCGAUGUUGUAAGAGCCAUCAAGAACGAGUACGGAACAAAAGGCAUGUUCAGUCUGGCUGUCAGGAUCCCAUACGAUGGGAACCUCAACCAGAUCCUUCAGCAGGUUUUUACCAGUGAUCCUCGGAACAACGUGAGGAAUACGAUCAACAAUAAUGAGGUGUACUCCGGCUAUAGGGUGGUUGCUGCAAAAGUUAAGCAGCCUGAUCAUGCAGAGUCACGGGUCGUGGACCAUUUGGACGAUUUGUUCAGGCAGAGUAAUGAUAACGAUAAGGAUUUGUUGCUUUUCUAUGUUUUUGCCUCCCCAUGUGUCGAAAAAUGUACAAAUAAGUACAAUCCUGGAUGUAUCCUGGAACGUAUUAAAAGCAUCCAACAAUGGAACAAUUAUGCUGUUGUGUUUUCAACAAUAUUCAAACCCAAGAAUGGUUAUUGCAACACGUCCACAGAGCGAAGCACAGCCCUUGAGCUGCUCGGUGGCUCAGUCGGUCUCAACAAUAUAUUCAGAUGUAGUCCGUACAAAUGCACGUGCUGCUCCACUGGGACCGGAGUUGCAGACUCCUGUGUUUCAGAUGACACCAACACAGGCCUCUACUUUUCACGUUGAGAGCACCAUGCUCAAGACAAAGAUGAUGAGUUCUUGGGAUUGCUGUGAUUGAGGUCUGGAAAGGAAACUGAUCCUAGAUCACCCAAACCACAGACCCAGGGCUGAAACAUCUUUUAAAAUAUCAUUUUUUUCAGCUAUACAUUGUGUUUGCUGAAAAGCAGGAACUGCCACUAUACCACACACAGAAAUCUCCAGUUGUCUGUGUCUUGUGGUUUUAAAUUUUUCUCCAUUUUUGAAUCACAGCUCAGAACUGCUCCUGUUUAGAGCCAUGGUCUUAUUUUACAUAUAUCUGUACAGUACAGUGAAGGAAACAUCUCUUCACAUUCCUCCAGACUUGUUAAAAACAUUAAGUGCACAUCAGUCCCAUGAACCUCAUGUUUCUUACUCUCAUUUCUCUCAUUUCCUGUGACUCUAAAGCAUAGUGUAAAGUCUUAUUUCAGAGCUCACAUUUUCCUGAAAGGUCAGUGGUGUCAGCAACUGACUGACAUAUAUCAUUGUACAAAUUUAACUCCAUACAAAAGCCUGAUGCAGAUUAAGAUGCAUUUGUAUUGUAGCACCUAUGUAGCCAUUCUCUUUACCGAACAAUUAUUACAUCUUGUGAAGUUUCUGUCCUGUUGCUUUCAUUAAAUCUUAUUUCAGCAUCCAA